AUUUACUUUUUUUAUUUAUGUAUAUUUUUAUUAUAUAAUAUAUAAUUAUAUCUAUAUAUUACUUAACCUAAUGAUCAUAUUUAUAUCAUCAUGUUUUUUUCUUUGCUGACAUUAAACAUAUUUUUAAACUUGAAAAUCGACACAUAACCAGCAGCCUGCAGGGGGCAGCAUGAACCCGGCGCGUGCGCGAUUGACAGUCGAGCAAGUCACAGUAAAACAUGGCUCCCACGUGACACAUGUGGAUCUAUGGAGACGCUCUUCUCCGUGAUCUGGUCCCGUCCGUGGCCCCGUGUCUGCCUCCGUGCCUGCCUCCGUGUCUGCCUCCGUGUCUGCCCUCUGUGCCCUCUGGGUCCGGGCUCUCUGUGAUGCCCCGUGCCCGCGGUGCGCUCAUGGAGCCUGUGCGGGUUCUGGAGCUCUACAGCGGGAUAGGAGGGAUGCACUUCGCCCUCAAAGGCUGUGGCAUCUCUGCUCAGGUGGUGGCUGCUGUGGACAUCAACACCACAGCCAAUCACAUCUACAAACACAACUUCCCCUCCACCCCCUUGUGGAGCAAGUCCAUUGAGGGCAUACCACUAGAAGACUUCAAUAAGCUGUCCAUUGAUAUGAUUUUAAUGAGCCCGCCCUGUCAGCCGUUCACCAGGUUAGGCUUAAAACGUGAUGUGGUCGACCAACGAACCAAGAGCUUUCUUUAUGUUCUGGAUCUCCUGCCAAGGCUGAGUCCUCGUCCUCGCUACAUCCUCCUGGAGAAUGUGAAGGGAUUCGAAGAGUCUUGUGCCAGGAACCAGCUGAUGAAAACCUUGAAUGAAUGUGGAUAUCAUUUUAAAGAAAUUAUGGUGUCUCCCACAAGUGUGGGCAUCCCGAACUCUCGGCUGCGAUACUUUCUCAUGGCCAAACAUUCAGACGAGGGCUUCAGUGCAGAGACCCACUCACAGAUUUUAGAAGCAUUCCCUGUCCACACGGAUCUGGACGUGUCUGAACAGCAGACAGUUUUGACUCCUCACCAGCCAGAGGUGACAGGACCAGAGCAGGCCCAGGUGCUAUACAAGCUGGAGACCCCCACGGAGGUGCAGAGGAAGCAGAAGCAAAACAGUGACAUGUCCAUCAAGCAGAUCCAGGACUUCUUAGACCCGGACCCAGACUUGGACCUGGACCAGUACUUGCUCCCCCCCAAAACCCUGCUCCGAUACACUAACAUCCUGGAUAUAGUCCGGCCCAGCUGCAGGAGAUCCGUCUGCUUCACUAAAGGGUAUGGCCGUUACAUAGAAGGCACUGGGUCUGUCCUGCAGUCUUCUCCAGAGGCAGAGGAGCAGUUCUUGUCACAAGAGUUCAGGGAAGAGUUGAAGGGCGCAGUGCCAGUAAUAACAGUGGAGCAGGUGUACAGGGGCCUGGAGGAGCUGAGCGAGGAACAGAGGUUAAAGCGUUUACAGUGCCUCAGACUGAGAUACUUCACUCCCAGAGAAGUGGCCAAACUCAUGGGUUUCCCUCAGAGCUUUGAGUUCCCAGAGGACGUCCCGCUCAAGCAGAGGUACAAGGUGCUGGGGAACAGUCUGAACGUGUGUGUGGUGUGUAAACUGCUGCAGAUCCUCCUCUCUUAGCACACACCACUGUCAGGAUGGACACUACAGCCGGCACAUGUGUGACCUGCUUUAUGUCUAAUAAUUGUGGAUUACUGGACCAGUCCUCCACUCUGAAACUGUCCCAAAGUUCAACACAAACGUCUGUGUCAGCACAAAAGAACUCUUACCGUAAUCCAGGCUGGCAUCAUUCACUCGUACAGACUGCAUGUCUGUAAACUGGACUUGAAGCAUGGAGCAAGUGCAUGGACCUGUUGCCUAAAAAAAUCUGUUUAAUUAAAUGUUUAUUUUCUUUUAGUAUUACCCAGGGCUGAACAAUUUUGGAAAAAAUGUUUAGUUACAUUUUGUGAUUCAUGUAUGAAUCACAAAAUGUAACUAAACAUUUAUGUUAUUUAUGUUUCUGCCCAAAGUUAAGGCUGGAGUCUGACCUGCUAACCCAAUACAAGAAUCCCAUUUCAGAACAUGUUUCUGGGUUAGUAGGUUUUAUACUGAAGCAGGCAAGAUUUAGUUUUUUGUAAAAGAAAGCUAAUUAGCUAAUUAACACUGUUCAAAUUCUAUUUGAAUCUUUGCCUUUUGGAUGAUAAUCUCUGAUAAAGAUUUUCCAGUGAUUUAUGUAAAUGUUUUGUCUUUUUAUACACAAUUUGCUAAAGUAUUGGUACAGUGGGAAAAAUAUUAACUUAACAGUAAAACUGUAUGUAGACCACAUAGAGCAUUUUAUAUGGAGUCGCGACAUAUUGUAGCAAUAACACGGCAAAAGCAUUUAGUUCCACCAUAAUAGGCAUGUGUUGCCUGUUACAGCAUUAUUACCAAAACACUGUCAUAAACCUCUCUAUAUAAUUUCUAGACUCUGCACCUCAGCUCAGGGAACAAAUAAAUCAGUGUAUUCUUACUUUUGUAAAAAUGCAUUCUUAGGAAUUAUUUUAAAGGACAAAAGGGUCAUUACUCACUUUCAACACAUUCUGAAGGGGUCAAAGAGGUUAUUGGUGCACAACGGUGGCUGCGUCUCAUCGAAGAUUAAAAUGACUAAACAAAACUUGUGGUUUCCAAUAAAUCCAAUCCAAUAAAACAUGAAUCUAGGUCUGAACAGAGGUGGGAGAUGGCAGAUAACACCUUUUUAAGUUACAUACACAGAGAAAUCUUGGUCCAUUAUAAUAUUGAAAGUACACAUUAUACUAAAAUAAUGAAGCCUGACUAUAGACCUACACAUGUAUCUGAAAACAAAUCAUAAUAGUAAUGAUUUCACUAAAACAUAACUUCAUAUCAUUAUAUUUCAGAUUUGCAAAGUUUUUUAUUUAUUUUUUUUUUUUCUUCGAGAAAAAACUUAAUGAUUUUACUUCCUGGUUCCUUCAGGAGCAGACAUACAUAGCUGUUUCCAAGCAACUGUAAUAUAAACAAGGGCCAAAAUGUGUCUAAAUUGCACAAUAGUUAUGAUUAGACUAAUACAAAUAAAUGUCAAAACCUUUAUUUUGUUAAAUGAGGGUUUAUUCUGUCCGAAAAAUGCCUUCCUUGUGCAUAAAUUGUGUCUGUAUUUUGGAUGGAGUUUUCCAUGUUGAUGACAUACAAGCAGAAGGAUUCUAUUUGAUUUCUUGCUUACAUAUGUUUGUACUUUUACCACAAACUGCCACUUAAAUGAUGUGAUAAAUAUUUACUAUUCCAUAAA